GGUUAGCGCUGGGAUAGGCCAUCACAACCACCCAACAAGGCGUUGUGCUACUAUGGGGAAAUACCGAACCGAACCGAAAAUAAAAAUGGCUUUGGUGUAGUUUUUAGUCUAGGUAAUUGCUGGAAAUUCGCAAGAAAGUCGAUGCAAGUGGAAAUGGUCGCAUAUUAGGGAUCAAGUGUGGACGUUGACGUCGAGCCGUGCGUAAUGAGCAGAGUUGGAAAAAGAAGGUGUUGAGCUGCAUUUUUUCUCUCUCUGCCAGGGACAACUUGGGUCGGAGUACUGUCUGAACUACGAGGUGAUACGAAGGUAUGGCAGGCUGGGCCCGGGGCUCUGAGGCCACUUCAGAGGAUCCGUGCCUGACCCACGACUGAGGAUUGAGAGGAAUAUGUUGUCUGAGCAGAAUGACUCAGCAAGAGGGGGGACCCCAAAUAGCAAGUGAAGAGAAGUGAGGAUGGGUGCCAAUGGUUCCAGCUAUCCACACUCAUGCUCCCCACGCAUAGGGGGAAAUGCACAGGCACAGCAGACUUUUAUAGGGACGUCGUCCUACUCUCAGCAGGGAUAUGGCUGGGAGUCUAAGCUCUACAGCCUGGAGCACGGCCAUGAGCGGCCGACAGACAGGAAGAAGAAGAGCCUUGGUCUGGCGACCCUCAAACGGAGGUUCAUCAAGAGAAGGAAGUCAAGCCGCUCAGCAGAUCAUGCGCGGCAGAUGCGAGAGCUUCUGUCAGGGUGGGACGUCCGGGACUCAAACGCCCUGGUGGAGGAGUACGAGGGCACAGCAGCGCUCAAGGAGCUAAGUUUUCAGGCCAGCCUGGCACGUGCUGAGGCCCCCAACCUGCCGCGGAAUCUGGCGGCCCUCUACCAGCAUAAAUACUGCACCGAUGUGGAUCUCAUCUUCCAAGGUACUUGCUUCCCAGCGCACCGGGCCAUCCUGGCUGCCCGCUGCCCCUUUUUUAAGACUCUGCUAUCGUCAUCUCCUGGCUAUGGAGCAGAGGUUCUCAUGGACAUUGAGACCACUGGCAUUGAUGUGCCCAUGUUCUCUGCCCUACUUCACUACUUGUACACUGGGGAGUUUGGGGUGGGAGGGGCGGAGGAUACCAGGCUGCAGAACGUGGAUGUGCUGGUGCAACUCAGUGAGGAGUUUGGGACUCCCAACUCCCUGGAGGCUGACAUGAAGGGCCUGUUUGACUACAUGUGUUACUACGACGCUCUGCUCAGCUUCUCCUCGGACUCUGAGAUGAUAGAGAGCUGUAACGAGCGAGGUGCCGUGGCCGCGGCACCAACAGUGGGCUCAGGAUGCCCCGGGACCCCCGACGAGGACCUUAGGGCGCAUAAAGCUAUCCUCUCGGCCCGCUCUCCUUUCUUUAGGAACCUUCUGCAGAGGCGCAUCCGCACAGGAGAGGAAAUGACUGAGCGCACAUUGCAGACUCCCACGCGCAUAGUGCUGGAUGAGUCCAUCAUACCGCGGAAAUAUGUGCAGGUCAUUCUCCACUGCAUGUACACGGAUGCGGUGGAGCUUGGGCUCGUGCUGCGGGGCAGCCCGUCGGUGGGCAGCCUGGGAGAGGUUCAAGCCCUGGUGUCUGGGGGGCGUGGAGCCAGCACGCGCACAGAGGAGGCCAUGGAGCUGUAUCACAUCGCUCUGUUCUUAGAAUUCAGUAUGCUGGCUCAAGGCUGUGAGGACAUUGUUGUGGAGAGCCUUUCUCUGGACUCACUCGUCCCCAUCCUGAAGUGGAGCUCCCAGCCGUAUGGCUCCAAGUGGGUCCACAGGCAGGCCAUGCAUUUCCUCUGCGAGGAAUUCAGUCAGGUCGUCACCUCAGAUGUUCUCUACGAGCUUAGCAAAGAGCACCUCCUCUGCGGCAUUCAGUCUGACUACCUGCAGGCGAGUGAACAGGACAUUCUCAAGUAUGUUGUUAAGUGGGGCGAGCAGCAGCUUAUUAAGAGGAUGGCAGACAGGGAGCCCAACCUGUUGAGCGGCACAGCCCACAGUGUGAACAAGAGGGGAGUGAAAAGGAGAGACCUGGAUGUGGAGGAGCUAAAAGAGAUCCUGUCUCCGCUCCUGCCCUUCAUCCGGACUGAGCACAUCUUACCUCCCAACAGUGACGUCCUCUCUGACGCGCUGAAAAGGGGUUUGAUAAGCACCCCUCCUUCAGACAUGCUGCCCACAGCUGAGGGGGGCAAAGCCAAUGCCUGGUUACGGCAGAAGAGUGCUGGCAUCUAUGUGCGCCCCCGCCUCUUCUCUCCUUAUGUGGAGGAGGCUAAGUCUGUGCUUGAUGAAAUGAUGGUGGAGCAGACGGACCUGGUGCGUUUGCGCUUAGUGCGCAUGUCCAACGUCCCAGACACACUCUACAUGGUCAACAACGCCGUGCCUCAAUGCUGUCACAUGAUCAACCACCAGCAGAUGGCCAGCAACUCCAACACAGCUCCAUCAGUUGUGGCCAAUGAAAUUCCAGUGCCCCAGCUGUCUGUGGUGAAGGAGAUGAUCCGGAGGCUGCAGGAACUGAGGCACACAGAGCAGGUCCAGAGAGCUUAUGCCCUCAACUGUGGUGAAGGAGCCACCGUCAGCUAUGAGCUGCAGCUGCGAGUUCUGAGGGAGUUCGGUCUCGCAGACGGAGCCACUGAGCUACUGCAGAACCCGUACAAGUUCUUCCCUGAUGAACGGUUUGGAGACGAGAGUCCAAUUCUGGCUCUGCGCAAGGUGGGUCGGUGUCGGGUAAACAGCAGCCCAGCCAUGGAUAGCAUGUUCACAGAGCUGGAAGGGGUAGUGGGCUUCCACCCUCCCCUACCUCCUCCACCUCCCCCAUACCACCCCCCUGCCACACCCAGCCAUGCUCAGCUCAAGGGUGCCUGGCGUCCCCGUGUGCCCAUGCCCACCCCCACCCGUUCCUUUUCCUACCCCUGCAACCGCACCCUGAUCCAGCGCCAUGCGGCCGCUAAGCAUGGCAGCUCAGAAUACUCCUCUGUGCCCAGGCCGCAGCCCCCAGACUGCACCAACCCGCAGGCUAUGGGCCGAGCUUUGCUUUCAGACCAGCAAGCGAUGAACCUGGAGCCUGUUAUGAGGGAGUUCAUGCCUGACAUUGCCCUGGGCGUCUCUGUAAUGUCCCUGAGGGAUCAGCACAUGGCAGAGAUGGACAGGGACGGCCCUCACAGCCCGAUGGGCCCACCCGGACACCAUCUGCCUCACGGACCCUGCCCCGCUGCCCGCCACAGCCACGGUCCGGGACAUGGCCACUCCUGCAAGAGACACGCUCCGGAGCCCAAGCUGGAGGCUCAGGCCGAGUUCCCUGACCUGUAUGAUUUCUCCUGCCGACCUGCGACCCCGACCUCCGCUCACCCCCUGCCCUCCUUUGCAGGACCAGACCUUUACAGCCACAGCUGCACCCCCUCCAGCUCUUAUCCACCUCCCUACAUUUCUGACUCUCAGCCCCAGGCCCGCACGCAGGGACGGACUGCCCCAGACCCGCUGCGUCUGGAUGUCCUCAGCAUGACCUCUCAGAGGCAUGAUGGAGUCCUAGCCAGCCCUUCUGGGGCCCAGCCUAGGAUGGGGCACAUCCCAAGGGGGCGAUCAAAUGAGACAGACCUGACUCACGGCUUAGGCCAUUUACGGUCUCCCAGUGGGAACAUGGACAGCUAUGAGGAGAGGCACACAGGACCACGGGAUGCCCCGGAGGAGAUGGUUCUAUCUGGAGAAUCAUUGGGCUCCGGGUCCCUCCAGCAGCCUCACAGGAACAGUGUCAGCGAGGACCGCAGGUCACCCAGCAAGCCUGACUACCCUUAUAAGAAGUCUGCACUUUAACCCCCGUAGGAGCAGGGGUUGAGUUAAGAAAAGGGAAAGCAUGAUGAGUGGCUGUCCAUCACAAUGGAUGGCAAAGCACUAAAUGUGUGCCUGCGUAUAUAUGUAUGUGUGUGUGUGUGUGUAUGUGUAUGUGUGUGUGUGUGUGUGUGUGUGAGAGAUAAGAGCAGGGGAGAGGGGUGGUCGAUGGUUGCUAUUUAUAGGAUCUGUCCUUUUUGUCCUACCUCUAUCACACUGUGCUAUCCAUCACACAGUCAGAGUAUGGAAUGAGUAAGAGCUGUAGGGUAAUUGUCAAUGCUUGUAAUUGAUUGCCUGGUCCUGCUGGUUUAGAGGAUGACUCAGGCUCUACUAGUAUGGAUUGGUGACUUGAGUUUGAUUGUAAAGAAAGAGGUUAGCUCUUUUUUUUGGUGAGUCCUGCAUGAGGUGGUCACAAAACUAGAAUAUGUAGCUCAGUUAUGAACUGAUGGUUUAACAAAGAUUAUAUUCAUAGACCCUGUUGUCUCUCGAUUUUUUUACAGCAUUGAAUGGGCAGAUGUCAGGAUAGGAAUCUCAAUUUACACAAGCUAGCAAUGGUACACAGUCUGGGACAGGGAGUAUUAUGAUAAAAUCAUAUGUAAAUACGUCUGGCUGUAUUAUUUUCCUCCUAAUUCCAUUUCUUCCUGUAGCAUGCCUAUAGCAACCCUCUUAACUAGUGUUCUCCUCCCGGCCUUGGUUUUGCAGUGCUGAUGAGUAAUGGGCCAAGGUUUGGUCACACAAAGCAGGAAUUGGAUCCGACAGGAAGUAGGUCAUCAUUCUCCAGUAACCCAGUCAGGCUUUACCUAUCGCAGCCUUUGAGUGUCUGGCUUGGAGGCAAAGGCCUGGUGUUUUCAGAGGGGUGGGGGGGGCAGGUGGAUCGCGAGCAGGUUUCAUUACUGGGAUACAGUGGAAAUAUAGGGGUGCCAUGGCAACUGACGUACAGUGAUCGACUAGAAUAAUGGGGGUUUGUUGUUUUUUCAGCUGAAACAGGUGUAUGUUUGUGCGUGUGAGUCUGUGUGUGAGGAUAACUUUGAUACACACAGGUGUUUAGACAAUCUCAGUACUGUACACUCCCAUCUUUAGUCAGGUCUGUUUGUACGUAUCAGAGUCAGAUUAACCAGAAGCUGUGGCACAGAGUGCUGCGGUUAACGUGCUAGAUUAUCUUGUUCUGUUUAAUCCAAUAGCAUAAAGUAAAGAAAUCUAAAGCCUUAAGCAGUGCUUGGAAUAUCCAGUUUUCCUUUGUUCAAUUAAGAAUGAUGUCAUUAUAUCGCAACCCCGUUUAAUUGCUUAUUGGACUGUUCUGAUCACAAAAGACACGUUAGCUACCCCUAACCCAAAAUUUGAAACCAUGCAUCAUUGCCUCCAUGACGCCACCCUAUGGCAGACUGUGGACCUGCACAGUCAGUGUUGAUACUGUUAAAUAUGCUGUUAAGAGCUGCAGCAGCUGUAGCUAAAGAACCAUGCAAAUACACACAUGAAAGCCUGUUGCAGCCAGCAGCUGGCAUACAACCUCACAUGAGUUCCAUUGCACCUGUCCAUUAGCUGAACGGAAAAAGAACAAAUGAGUUUUGAACAAAAGGAAUCGGAAGAAAAGUUGGCGAUUGCUGGCUCACAUCUCCAAUGGAAAUUGUAUAUAAUGAAUUGAGCUCCACACGUUCUGAGAAAUGUUUAAUGGUUUCUAUCACAUGUUAGUGGUUGUUGGAGUUUGUAUUGUAGUGGACAACACUGUGUACUUGUCUUUGUCAUGAACUCUCACUAAGAAUGUGUGGUCUAAAACAUAAAGAUUGUCUCAGAAUCUAUUUUGUUCUUAAAUGUUAAGAUUAGGGCAGUCUGUACAAUGUUGUAGAUGGUGUGGAUAACUAUGUUUUGUAGAGAUGUUUUUUUUUUCUUCCCUAUGUUUCUUUACUUUCAAAGUAACAGGAAUAUGUAGAGGAUCUGAAGAUAUUAGCUCUCUGCUCUGCAGUGAUGAAGUUGCCAAGCAGAAAAAUCAUUUUUCCAUCUAGAUUGCUUCAUGGGGAAAAAAUGCAAAACUCUAGAUUCCUCCCCAUGUUCAUGUUGGGCAGUUGUUUUAUUUUCCAGGACAAUGUUCCGUCGAAUAAAAGUCCUUGUUUUGCUCUUUGCUGUAGAGAAGUCAGUGCCUUCCCCCGCCUGCGGCUGGGCUUUUAUUGGAAAAGUGACUUUGAUGUCUAUGCAAGCUCUUUUCUACCAGCCUGCAUCAAAUAGUCCUUUCAAAUCUCAUGUAGCUCAUUUUGUGUACAUAGUGUUAUUUAGCACCUUUUGAAAUGGAACCAUCUGAAAUGUGUGAUUGCUUGUGUUGAAAUACAACAGGUACUUUGAACUUGUAUCGUAUCAUAGAAAACAUGUUUGUAGAUUGAUAUUAAGUUGCAUUUAGUUUCACUGAAUCUAUUUUUCUACUGUCACCUCAAAAGGUGCAUAACAGUGGUCAACUUGGGCAUCCUCAAAAUAAACUGGUUUGAUAUUAUGGAAAAUA